GAGGUAAUGAGGUCGUUGCUCUGCUUUGUAGUAGCUAGCAAAACUUAGAGUGAAUCAGCGAAUUUAUUUAUUUCCUAACCCUCAACUAUAGUCAAGAGAUUUGGACCAAAACAACAAGACCCUGGAUACAGGCAGCCAGAGGUGCGAACUCGAGUCACAUGACUUGAACUCGAGUCAGCCUCGAGUCAUUAUUUUUAAUGACUUCUGACUUGACUUGAUAAAAUUUAUAAAGACUUACGAUUUGACUCGGACUUGAUUGCCAGUGACUUGCAACUUUAAUCGACUCGCAUCUGUUGACUUGAUGAUGACUUGAGCAUAUUUGAUAUUUUAGCAGAAAAGUGACACGACAUGGACAAAAAUCAUGAAUCAUUCUUCGUUCUGGGUUUGAUUUACUGCUAAAUGCAGCAGCACUUUGUUUAGAAUCAGUUUCAGUUGCAUUUUCUGCUUGUUUGUGCAAAUAGACGAAGCUUUAAGAAGCUUUAUUUCUGGAAUUUAUUUAUUAUCAUUGUCCUUACAUUGAAGUUGGACAGAUGACUUGAUUACGACUUGAAAAUUCAAAGUUAAGAACUUGGUCUUCCACAUCAUUGACUCUGGACUCGACUUGGACUUGGUUGUCUUUGAUUUGGACUUGACUCGAGACUUGACUGGAAGAUUUGUGACUUACUUGUGACUUGCAAAGCAGUGACAUGGUCACACCUCUGCAAGCAGCUGAAAUGAGCUUCCUCCAAAGGUGACUCUGGGUCAGCCUUUGAGACAAAGGUGGUGGAAGCUCAGACUGGAACCACUGGUGCUCCUUAUCAAAACGAUAUUUUGGUUAGCUAAGUUGAUGGUAGUGCUAGGGUGCUAAUGCUAGUUUUGUCAAUGGUUCACAGCAGACUUGAUCACGUUGCUGUUCCUCAUAUCCACUCGACUUACUAGACAAGAAGUCAAUUUGUAAGCAAUCUGUGACUGCAAAUAGGAGGAAAAACAUAUUUUUGCACUUUUACCCAGGCUAAUGUUUUUCUUAACCAUUAGUUUGGUGGCAGGAUCCAGCAGGUGGAGAUGUUUCUCUCCUUUCCCAGGUGCUGAGUGGUCCCAGCUGGAGCCAACUACCUCAUCAAGGCAGCAGUAUUUAGGAGGAGUGGAGCCACCAGACCAACCCCUUCCGCAUCUUUGAAGACCCAGGAAGUUCCUUAUCGGUUCAUACUUUCAAGUUCUCUUCUCCAUGUCUUCACUGGUUUGGACGUCCGUCUCCCUGGGUGUGGCCACUCCUCUCUCCGCCGCUGCAAUAGCUCCAGCACUGGAUUCUGCCAAGCCGCUCAGCUCUCCUGUGGAAAGAAAACACCACUAACCCACCGCGCAGCUCGCACAACCUUCAACCACCCUGAAUACUCACCUCUCUCUCAGGACCGGUCCCUCCGCAGCUCCAGAAGUCAUCCAAUUUAAAUCCCAGCUGGCUUCACCGUCUAAGGGGGAAAUUCAUGCAGAAGACGCAGAAGCUGCAGAUUUGGGUUUCAGUGCUGCACCAAUCAGAUUCCUUCUUAAAGAAAUAUGACAAAAGAUUGAAAAUGUUUCCUUUUCCUGUUUUUCCAUAUCUAGAAGUGACUCUCUGAAUACAAGAUGUCUUGGCCGGCUCUGUACGCUCAGCUGGUCGGGGUGAACCGUCACUCCACUUCUCUGGGUAAAAUCUGGCUCUCUGUGCUGUUUAUUUUCCAAGUCAUGGUUCUUAUUGUUGCUGCGGAGAGCGUCUGGGGGGACGAGCAAUCUGAUUUCACCUGUAACACGCUACAGCCCGGCUGUGAGAACGUCUGCUAUGACCAGUUCUUUCCUGUCUCCCAUAUCCGCCUCUGGAGUCUUCAGCUUGUCUUCGUCUCCACACCAACACUCCUGGUCUCAAUGUAUGUGGCUUAUCGUAACCGUGGCGACAAGAGACGGCUUAUUCAGAGUUCAGGUCGAGCUGGUUUCCUCGGCAACAAGGGACAAGAGGAAGAAUUAGAGACACUGAAGGAGAGGAAGCUGCUUGUCACUGGCGCCCUCUGGUGGACAUACAUCUGCAGCCUGGUGGUCAGGCUUCUGUUUGAAGGUGGAUUCAUGUACGCCUUGUAUGUGGUGUACAAUGGUUUUCAGAUGCCCCGGCUGGUGCAGUGCAACCAAUGGCCAUGCCCCAACCUGGUGGACUGUUUUAUCUCCCGCCCCACAGAGAAAGCUAUCUUCACUGUUUUGCUGGCCACCGCUUCUUCCAUCUGCAUGGUCCUCAAUAUGGCUGAGGUCGCUUAUCUUAUCGCCAAGGCUCUCACUAGGUAGAGGUUGUUAAUCAGUCAGGUGACCCCCCUCCCCUUUCCAUUUUAAAAACGCAUUUUACAUGUGCCUUUGAGUUUCAGCUCAAAGUGUGCAAAUUCAUGUAUAAGGAAAAUCUGUGAAUGCUAAAGAAAAUUCAAGGAGCAGCAAGAAGAAAAUCGGGAUUAGAACGAACCAGAUAUCCACCGAGUCAACCUGAACAUCUGAGAGACGACUGGAAAAUUUGUAAAUGUCCCAUGAAUGUAAAUAUAUUUCCAAAAAGAGGGAAUAUUGUAUGAAACCCAAGAUGUUGACGUGCAACAGGAGUGAAGAAGAAAUUUUCCUAAGAUGUGUUAAGUUUGACAUGGAAUCAUUUGUUAAAAAUCUUCACUGAACAGCUGCACAUUAGGAUAAAAUGGAGGGCAAACGUGCAAAGAACAAUAAUGCAGUUUGGAGCCACAGUGGCGUCUACUGAACAGCACUGAAACAGCAUUAAAGGUUGAAAAUGGAACAUCGACACUGGCGAACACACAGGCGAACUCUGGUCUUCAACGGUGGUAUUGCAACAGGAGGACUAAUUUUCCAGCCGUUGGGUGUUGGUUUACUGCUGACACAUUCCAGCAUCGUGUUCAGAGACAAACCGUACAAGAUAAGGACUAAUUUCUAUUAAUAAGUUUAUUUUACAACAGUAUUUACCGUUAGAACAUAUUCUGGGCUCAGAAUCAGCUGCUCGACUUGUCAAGUCUGCCAUUUUACGCCGUCCCAACCUUGCCUUGCUGAGCGGACUUUUUAGAGCAACGGUGCAAUCUAGUGACUGGUAGAUGUAAACAAAAACAGUGUCAUGCCCAGCAGAAUAAAAAUGUGAUAAUUUAUCUUUUUAAAUAUAGCUUUUAAAGCAGAAACUACACAUUCAUUUUGCACACCUCUGAUCGCCCCAUGGAGGUAUUAUUUUUAUU